AUGAUUUUUUAUCAAUUUAUGCAAAAAUUUUCUAUGUUCAUCUAUAGCAUUAUCUACUUAAAAAUUUAUAUAGUAUCCAAUUUAAUAAAUUGCUGUUUUGAGAGAAAUUUUUAUGAUUAUACCAGAAAGAAACAUUUUUAUAGAUUUUUAGAAAAUUCAAAAUUAUUCAGUGCAAUUAUAUUUAGAGAUUAUUGAGAAGCUCUGCUUGAUUAUAAACUUUUAGUAAUUCUCUAA